CCCUGCUCUCGCGUCUGCGGGAGGGGCUGGAGCGGAGGCGGAGGACCCGCCGCGGGUUGGGGGGACGCAGAUCCGGGCCGAACUGCAGCUUCCUCCUGGAGGAGCUGCAUUUCCAGCCACCUCCGCAGCCCUGCCCUCGCGCGCCGAGCCGUUCCGGCGGUGCCGCUGGAGGCGCGGAGCCCGCCCGGCGCGCCCAGCCCUGCAGCUCCGGCCGGGGCGGAGGCCUCCGGACCGCGGAGAUGCGGGGCGGGGGCAGGGCGCGGGGAUUACGGUGGGAUCAUGGCAGGGCUGGGCUCCGAUCCCUGGUGGAAGAAAACCCUUUACUUGACCGGGGGAGCUUUGCUGGCCGCAGCUGCGUAUCUGCUCCACGAACUCCUGGUCAUUAGGAAACAGCAGGAGAUUGACUCCAAAGAUGCUAUUAUUUUGCAUCAGUUUGCAAGACCUAACAAUGGUGUCCCCAGUUUAUCUCCGUUCUGCUUGAAAAUGGAAACUUAUUUAAGGAUGGCUGACUUACCCUAUCAGAACUAUUUUGGUGGAAAACUCUCUGCUCAAGGAAAAAUGCCUUGGAUUGAAUAUAAUCAUGAAAAAGUUUCUGGGACAGAAUUCAUAAUUGACUUUCUGGAAGAGAAGCUUGGAGUGAAUUUAAACAAAAACCUUGGUCCUCAUGAAAGAGCCAUCUCCAGGGCAGUGACUAAGAUGGUGGAGGAGCAUUUCUACUGGACCUUAGCUUAUUGCCAGUGGGUGGACAAUCUCAAUGAGACCCGGAAGAUGCUCUCUCUUAGUGGUGGCGGUCCCUUCAGUAACCUGCUGAGGUGGGUCGUGUGCCACAUAACGAAAGGAAUCGUGAAACGCGAGAUGCACGGCCACGGCAUUGGCCGCUUCUCAGAGGAAGAGAUUUACAUGCUGAUGGAGAAGGACAUGCGGUCGUUAGCGGGGCUUCUGGGUGAUAAGAAGUACAUCAUGGGGCCCAAGCUUUCCACUCUCGACGCCACUGUGUUUGGACACUUGGCACAGGCAAUGUGGACCUUACCUGGGACGAGACCUGAGCGGCUGAUAAAAGGUGAGCUGAUCAAUCUGGCCAUGUACUGUGAGAGGAUAAGGAGGAAAUUCUGGCCCGAGUGGCACCAUGAUGAUGACAAUACCAUCUAUGAGUCCGAGGAGAGCAGUGAAGGCAGCAAAACGCACACGCCCCUGCUGGAUUUCAGCUUUUACUCAAGGACAGAGACCUUUGAAGAUGAGGGAGCAGAGAACAGUUUUUCCAGGACCCCAGAUACAGAUUUCACUGGACACUCACUCUUUGAUUCUGACGUGGACAUGGAUGACUACACAGACCAUGAACAGUGCAAGUGAUGUUUGGCCUCGCUGACCCUCUUCUGUUGGAGCUACCCCUCCCUGGGGUUGGUCCAGCUUCCCAGGUAGAAAUCCCUCCGAGCUGGGAGGAGGUCAUCGUGCUUGGCACAGUUCUCCCAGACUAACUGGACUAGAGCAGCCUUAUUUCUUUUGUUUUUGUACAAAUAAAACACAGAACCAUUCCAAUGGCUCCAUUGAAAACAAACAGGCAAAAAAAAAAAAAAAGUCAGCAUGGUUUCUGAAGUCCAUUUUUGUUUUCAUUAGAAAACUAACAUUGUGUGGUAGAGCAGGUGCAAGAGCGGGUCACCCACAGACUGUGGUGACAUUGAUCCCCUUCAACCCGAGGGCUUGGUUGUGAGAUGGAUUCUUGAACAUCCUUCAUGCAGCAGGGUUCAAAGUCAUGGAAGAGGUCAUCAGAAGAAAUGUAGGACAUCAGUGUUCUAAGGUGGCUGCUUGUAUUUUAUGUGUGUCUAUUGUAUAUUGAGAUACAAGUCAAAUAAAAUCCAUAGGUAUUCAGUGAA